AUGGUAGAAGAUCAAUUAACACAUAUUGAUUCAAUGACAAAUAUUGAAUUACGUGCUGAACUUAAACGACGUGGUUGUUCGACAUCAGGAAAUAAAAAAGAUCUUAUAGCUAAGUUAAAUGCUGCUUUGCAAAAAGAUUCUGAACAAUCAUCAUUAGGUCAUUCAGUUGGGCAUCCACAAACUGAAGAACCGGUUAUAAGUACAAUUUUAUUGAGUGAUGAUCAAGCUACUAGUCAGCAUCCAUCUGUAUACACUUUAUCAAUACCACAAAAUGAUUAUCCAUCUUCUGCACCAAUAAUACCUAUUCCUCAACAAUUACCUAUAACAUCAUCUGUGGAAGAUGAACAGUUUUCAUCAAUAAAUAUUCCUAAAGUAAAUGAUACUUCUAUUGUUUCUUCAGCACCCGAAGAGAAAACACGAGCAAGUAGCAAAAGAUCUUCCGUCGAUUGUUCAUCGAAUGAAAAUUCAAAUACAACAUCGAAUCAACAAAUUAUAAACAAUGAACAAAAUGUUUUGGACGUUUCAAGCAAUGACAACAAUCUAGAGGUGAAACCGUUUGUGAGUAAGAGUAUUGAGGAGGAGCAGAAAAAUAUAGAAAAGAUAGGAGGAGAGUCAUAUUCGCCAUCUGUUGGCAGUAAUAGUGCCAAGUCAGAGUCUAUUAUUAAAGAAACCCCGUUGCCCGACGAACAACAGCGUUUAAAUCAAUCGAAAUCAGAACAACAACAACAACAGGAUAAUCAAUCAGUAAUGAUUGAUGAAGAAAAAAUUUCGGCAACACACGCUGUAAAUGAUGACACCAAAAAUCAAAAUGAGGUGAUUGAUAAGUCGUCAGAGACUAAUUUAUCUGCCGAUUUAAAAGCAGCUACAACAGAACAACAACAGACUACAAAAGACGAACCAUCUUCAAUUAAUAAACAAGUCAAAAAAGCUGCUUCUCAACAACAAGUACAAUUUAAAACUAAUCAUUCUCAAACGUCAUCAUUAAUGCAAGGUCUUCAUCGAUCAACAAAUACUAAAAUCAAUUUAUCAUCUGAAAUUCUCAAAACACUUAUUUCUGAUAUAAGUCUAUUACCUGAAUCUGUUUUCAAUGAUGAACUUGAUAUCUUAAUAAAUGAAAAGAGUAAUGAUAAUGAUAAUGAACAAUCAGCAAAUGAACUAGUACUUGAAACAAAUAUUAAUAAUGAUUUUCUUCCAUGCGAUUCAAUAACUAUUGGAGACUUAGCUGAUCAAAAACAACCAACAAAUCGAACUGUUGUUAUGAAUAUUUCUAUGAAUUCAUCAUCUUUAAAUGAUGAUAUUAAUGUAAGAAGAAAACAAAAUUUAACAUCAACAAAUGUUCCUUCAUUUGAAUCUACAACAUCAAUUGAUGGAAAAACUAAUAUGAUAAUCCCAGAUGAACCAGUUCGAAUAAAAAAUGUCACUGCCGUAAAUGAACCAUUAAGUCAAAUUUUGUAUAUUCGCGGUCUUACUCGUCCAUUUAGUCUUCUACAUGUAAAAGAACUUCUUCGUCGUUAUGGAACAUUAGUAGAUGGUCAAUUUUGGCUUGAUAAAAUAAAGAGUCAAUGUUUAGUUACUUAUAAUACAAUAGAAGAAGCACAAAAUGCUCGUGAAGCACUUGACGGUUGUCGAUGGCCAUCAACUAAUCCGAAAACAUUAUAUAUUCGAUUUGCUCAACAAAAUGAAUUGGAAUUUAGUAAAACUCAUGAUUUACCACCUGGUCAAAUGUCUAUUGAUGCAGUCGAUCGUAUUAUACAAGACAAAUCAAAUAUAAUAUCUUCACGUCGAUCUACUAGUCCAAUUGAUAAAAUCAAAUCGAAUACUAAGAAAAAUCACUCAGAUGUACGAGAAUGCGAUAUACCAAAAUUACAAGAAAAAACACAAAGUGGAUUUAUGAUAUCUAAAGAAGCAGAAGAAGAAUCAAUAAAACCAAAUGAAUCACCAGUGAAAGGACUUGAUGAAUAUUUUCGUAAAACAAAAUCAAAACCAUCACUUUAUUGGUUACCAUUAACAGAAGAACAGAUUAUUGAACGAAAUCGUCGACAAGAACAACGUAAUGCUGAACGUGAUGGAGAACGUAGAAAACGAGAAACUGACAAAAAUAUUCAAAAAUCUGAUUCAAAAUCUUAUUGUCGAUCAUCACCACCACCACAAGAAAAACGAAAGCGGAGUCCAUCAUCAUCGAAACGAAAUUCUAAACGACAUUAA